UUGAUGCAAUUCUUCUAAAUAAUCACGAGUUGGACAUGCUGAAACAAGAAGCUGCGAGUGUCAUGUUGAUGUGAGUCAGUCAAGCCAAACCCAUUUGACUUUAUUAUUUAAGUCUUGCUCUCAUUGUCCACCCGAUUGAGGUUUUCUUUUCUAUUUGACAAAUCUUUUCUGGUAACUGGAAGUGUGUCAGAUGUUAGUCAUUUGCCAUGAGUGACUGGUCGUACCUGUCCAAACUUCUCCACAAGGUCCAGGCUCAUUCCACUGUAGUAGGAAAAAUCUGGAUGAGUGUCCUCUUCCUGUUCAGGAUCUUUGUACUGGGCGCUGCCGCAGACAACGUUUGGGGAGAUGAAUUGUCCGAGUUCUACUGCGAUUCAAAGGAACCAGGAUGUAAAAACUCAUGCUACAACUGGAUGUUCCCCAUGUCUUAUGUGCAUUACUGGGUGCUGCAAAUCACAUUUGUGUCAACACCUACCCUGGUCUACCUUGGGCAUGCCGUCCUCAUCAUCCACAAGGAGAAGAAAAUGAUAGAGUUGGAACAGAACAAAAAAAAUGGAAAUGCAGUGAAGACACCCAAGUACACAGAUGAAAGAGGCAAGGUUAAAAUUAAAGGUAUCUUGUUUUACACAUACAUGACCCAGCUGGUGUUCAAGAUAAUCCUGGAAGUGGGCUUCACCAUUGGACAGUUUUAUGUCUUUGGUCCUCUGAAAGUAGUUUCCCAUUUCCAUUGUACAAAUUCGCCACCUUGUGCUUUUGAGAGUGGUUCCAGGUGUUACAUUUCUCGUCCCACAGAGAAGACCAUCUUCAUCUUCUUCAUGCUUGCGGUUUCUGGUGUUUCAGUGCUCCUCAAUAUUGUCGAGAUUGUGUACCUGCUGUGCAACAAAGUGCAAAGCGCAAAGAGACAGCUUGCACUGCAGUCUCAUGUGCUUACUGCGAAGCCGUGUACACCAACUGAGCCAGCAUGGGGAGCCAUGAGAAACCAAUAUGGAGGCUACCCUCUGUUGCCUGUGCAUUCUCACGUCACCACGUGCUUCACCAGUGAUGACAGUCACAUCCACUCAGAGUGAAAAUAAGGACAAUUCAUGUAAUUUUUUUUAUGCUGCUGUUCUUUCAAGCUUGAAUUAGACUUAUUUUAUUCAUUUGAAGGUUUUGGAUUCAUUAAGAUGUGGGAAAUACAGUGCUAUCGUAAAUAUGUGGGUUCUACAAAAAUAAUCCCCCUAAAAUGUAUUAAAUUAGGUUUAAUGUCACAUUAUGGUAAAAUUACUUGACUUUUAUAGUAGUGGUGGGCAGAUCGAGCUGCAAUUUGACACUAUCAAUCCAACUCAGUGUCAGUGUAACUAAUCCUGAACUGCAGCUAUCCUAUAUGAUAAAUAAAACGUUUUCAAAAUGA